GACUUUGUCGACUUGAAAUUCAUGCCACGACUGUUUUGUGCCCCAUUCUAUGUCCAGGAUUCCUUGGAGGCCUACUAUACAUCCGGCAGCCAGCCCACAUCGCCGUCGCAUCUGCGGGACAAUUCAUUCAGAUGAGAUAAACUAGCAAAGACCCCCUCCUCGAUUGUGCACUAGACCCAAGGAAGAUGGGGGCGGAUGAAAUAGAACAGCUGAAGGAAGGAAAAGUUCCGAUCAAAGGAACGGAUCCGCCGACUUACCUCUUGUCGUUUCGGCAAAUCGCAAAAGAUCGAUUCCAAUUGGGUCAACAACAUGGAAAAUGUUUGAUUGUCCUCCUCCUCGGCUUGACUGGAUCAGGGAAAUCCAUGUUGGAGGAGGUGAUGGGGAACUACUUGCUAGGAGUGGAUUUUCGGGAUUCCCAUCGGUUUCGGGUGAAGGAGGAUAACGGACCCACGAACCAGAUCACCUCGUACACCUUUUACACCAGGGACAGGAAAAUGUCCCGCCGUCCCGUCACCAUCAUCGACACGCCCGGCUUUCAAAAGGGGACACCCGCGGAUGACAAGAAAUUGAUCGAAGACAUUCGCGCUUUCACCCAAGCCAUCGACAUCCACGCCGUCGUCUUCGUCGUCCCGGGCUCUCAGAUAGGAGCCCAGAGUUUCGUGCUUGAUCUUCAAGUGCUUUGCAAGACUUCGGCACUUCUGUUCCGGGUUUCGAUCGAGAGGCUGUUUGACACGCUUUCGAAGAGCAGGAUCCUUGAAGACAUUGGGACGGCCACUUCUGGGUCGAUCCUGAGUUGUACCAAAUUCCUUGUAGUGGGCAAUGGCUUUGUACACAGUGGAUCGUGGCGGUUUCAGCUCCUUGAUGAUCUUUGCAGAUUGACGGCGGAGCAGAAGGAGGUGCUAACGAACAUGGCCAAAGUCUUGGGAGAUGAGACUCCAAGAAUCCAGGAAAUUUCCUAUCUGUUUUGCACAUUUGCUGACAGCAAACGUCUCCCCGUCCUCGAAUCCGUGAAAGAGGCGGGAUUGAAAUACAAGAAGUAUUACGCCGUGAACAGCUCCUCCUAUUUCGCGAAGGAAGAAGAAAACGAUGGAUCUUCCUCCUCCGACGAGGAGGAGGAGGUGAAGCAGAAUAAACCGAAGAUGACGUCCAUCAACGAGUUGCUAUGGAAAAUGACGAACGAGAGCAUUCAAGAAUUCAUGGAGGACAUUCUGGAUCGCAAAGGGAAAGACAAGACUCCGAUCGGAGGGAAGGACCUGCCGACCUUUCUUCUUCCGUUCCAGGUCAUCCCAAAUACAACUCGUAGAUUCCGUUUGGGAGAGGAUCAAGAAGACAAACAACAAUGUCUUAAUAUCCUCUUCAUCGGCCCGACCGGAUCAGGGAAAUCGUUGUUGUUGGAAGCCAUGGGAAACUACGUACUGGGAGUGGAGUAUGGGGAUCCAUAUAGAUUCCAAGUGAAAGAGGGAGGACCCACGAACCUGAUCACAUCGCACACCUUCAUCACCAGGGACAAGCAAAGGUUUCCCCGUCCCAUCACCUUCAUCGAUACGCCGGGCUUCCAAAAGGGGACGCCCAAGGAGGACCGGAAGUUGAUGGAAGACAUCCGAAAAUACAUCCACUCGAACCAUCGGCUAGGCAUCCACGCCAUCGUUCAAGUCCUUAAAGAUCCGCAGGAGAAGCUGACGGUGGAGCAGAAUAUGCUGAUGAAGAACAUGUCCCUAGUCUUCGCAGGUGAUACAGUCCGCAUUUCCUAUCUGUUUUGCAUAUUCGCAGACAGCAAACGCUUCCCGGACCUAGACUCCACGAACGAGGCCGAACUGAAAUCCGGGGAGUACUUUCCCGCGAAUAGCUCUUCCUACUUCGCCAAGAAGGAAGGAGAAGAGGAUGGAUCCGACGACGACGACGAAAAUGAAACGGGAAAGAAAGCAACUUCUCGUCCCAUUAAUAAAAUAAUGCUGAAGAAAACGACGGAAAGUUUCGAGAGAUUCAACAAAGCCAUCCAGGGGAAUCAGCCCAUUCAGGUCCGCCAUACUCCUAUCCAGGAAGAAAAACCGGAAGACGAUGAUAGUGAGACUAACCCCUUGGUGACCCCGAAGCCCGACGAUGCCACUUACCGCUAUAGGAUUUCCCGCAUGAGUCCAAAGAAGCGUGUUUUGCUGGCUUUUGGAGGGAUCGGCCUCGCCGUCGGUAUCGGCCUCAUCCUCGGGAUAUUCAGUGAAAGUUUUCUCUUGGCUGUAAUUUGCAGUGUGCUGGUUUUCGUGGUCUAUGAGGCACUUGUUAUCUACGUAUGCACUAGAGGAUCUACAGAGAACACGGAGAAUAGAUAUGGCAAGGGAAGUGGCCCCUGAUCCUCGUCAUGCGCAUCAGUUCCAAAAUUUCACCCUCGUCUUUGAUUUGGGAUCCUAUUGGAAUUGCUCGGAUGAAGGGAAUCGAAGAAGGACUGGAUGGUAGUGAGGAUGGCAGAGAGAGAAUGAGCUUCGAUAUGCAAAAAGAAACGUGAUAGGGAACAUUUUCUCUCGAGGAAAAUCCUGAGAAAAGACUGGAAUAAAUAUAUGUGAAAGGUGCUGUAAACGGAAUUCCGGCCUUAUCGUCGGGUGUUCUCUGUUCAUAUUUGUAACCAGCUGAGAAAUAAAUUUCCCACUUUCUCCUCCGA